AUGUGCUUCCCAACAUUUGCUGUUCGCGAACCCGAGACACUGUUCGCAAACGCGAUGCUUUAUGGAGCCCUUCUUUGCGAACGCGAGCUCCCCCUUCGCGAACAUUGGAGGCUUGUGCCUAAACUGUACAAGAAUAGGAUAUGGGCUCAUAUUAAGGAAAAUACUGAUGCUACUGAGGAUAUGAGAUGUAUGUUGAUGAUAUCGGUUGGAUCUACAUGGAAAGAAUGGAAGCAUGAAGCAAAAAUGAUCGGUUAUGAGCCAUAUAACAACGAUAUUGAAUGCUUAGCUAAACAUUCAGAUAGGGUAGAAGAAGACCAGUGGCGUGUAUUAGUUCAUUAUUGGAGCUCUAAUGAAGCAAAGAUGACAAAGAAGAAUGGUGUAAAACUAAGUCGUAUCGAGGUAUUCAAAGAAACACAUACGAGAAAGAAUAAACAACCAUUAAAUGAGAUAGCUGAUGAAACUAUGAAAGAAAUGGAUGAACUUGCUAAGGUGUAUCCUGAGUUAAAUGUCCCUGGAAGUGCUUCCAAUGAUGUGUAUGCACAGGCUGAGCAAAGAGAAUUUGAUAGAAGUGUUGAGAUAGAAGUUGAAAAAGCUACCUCCGCCAUUAGAAUUAAGAUGGAAGAAAAAUUAUCUGAAGCAAAAGAAGAAAUAGAAGCGAAGGAGAAAAGGUUAUUUGAAGCAAAAGAAGAAAUAAAAGAGAUGGGGGGAAAAAUAUUUGAAGCAACAAAGGAUAUGGAAGCAAAAAUAGACGAGAAAGUAAAGUUGGGUAUAGGUACAUAUCUAGAGUCUUUGGGUAUUACUAUUGGCUCAAAUAGGAAAUUAUUUGGUAAUGAGCAGGUUUCUGAUAACUCAAUGAACGAUCACCAACAAUCACUAUCACCUGUUUUCGUUGUUCACACAAAGAAGGUUAACAUAAUCAAGAAGACUGGAAUUAGUGAAGUUGGCACAAACAAAAAGAAGUGGAUGGUGAUGAAACGCACUACCGGGUCAGCUAGCAAGCACCCGCGCAUACUGCUAGGGCUUCAAGAGGCCAAGGUAGAGGUCGAGGAAGGGCACGUGUCACAGCUAGAACAUCGGUUAGAGGGGCAGUUGAGGAGCCGCCAAUUGCUCUAA